AUCAGAAGAUUGACAUAUGAGAAGUUAGAAAGGUUGCAGAACACUCUUGAAAUGAUAUUCCAAUCUUUACAAUGCUUCAAUGGCAGGGGUUCUCUGAACCCCCUUCAUUUAAACCUCACCAUCCCCCUUUGGCCUCCAGUUAGCCAAAACUGCAAACCUUGCUGACGACCCAAAUACAGACAGGGAUGGCUGUUCCUCGAGUAAACAAGAAAUUGCUUCAAGAGCUUGAAUCAAUGGGAUUUCCCACAGCUCGGGCAACUCGGGCUCUUCAUUAUUCAGGUAAUGCUAGCUUAGAGGCUUGUAUAGACUGGAUCAUUGAUCACGAGAAUGACCCGGACAUUGAUCAGAUGCCCUUGGUAACAGUAGACAUUGAUAUUGAAUCUCCAGAGCCAUUCCAUAUCACCGAGGCAAUGAAAAUAAAAGCACAAGAGUUAAGGGAUCAAACACGCAAGAAAAGUAAAGAAGAAGAAAAGAAACUGGAAUUACAAAUGGAACGAGAAAGAGAGAAGGAGAGGAUUCGAUCUGGUAAGGAACUCAUGGAAGCAAAGCAAAUCUUAGAAGACAAUGAAAGAAAACGUAAUAUAGCAUUUCGGAAUUCUGAGAAAGAGGAAGAGAAACGAGCAAGAGAGAGAAUUCGCUGGAAACUAGAACAAGAUAAGUUAGAAAGAAGAGUUAAGCUUGGAUUGCCACCAGGACACACAGCAUCUGCGAAACUUUCUAUACCUGUGAGGGGGGAAAUCCAGACCGUCCGAUCUGUUGCAAAGUCAGAACAUAUAAGAGAGUGUUUAAGGUCUCUGAGGCACAACCAAAAGGAUGAUGAUGCUAGAGUACAACGAGCCUUCCAAACUCUGCUGAUUUAUGUUGGAAAUGUUGCAAAGAAUCCCGAUCAAGAAAAAUUCCGGAAGAUUAGACUCGGUAAUCCGUCAUUCUUGGAUAGAGUUGGAAGUUUGAUUGGAGGAAUAGAGUUUCUUGAGCUCUGUGGGUUUGAGAGAACUGAAGCAGGAGAGUUCUUGUAUCUUCCUCGUGAUAAGGUUGACAUGGCAACAUUAUACUCCGCUGCUUCUGAACUGAAGUCUGCAUUGACAAACCCUUUCUUUGGCCUUCUGUCAAGAGAUGUGUAAUAUCAGGUUCAGUUUAUUUAAAUCGUAAACUUAGAAGGGAAACUGGUUUUAUUAUGCCGUAUCAAUGAACUAUGCUCUAUAGAUUUCAUGUUAAAAUCUUACAGUGAGUGUCUUGCCUUCCUGUAAGAAUUUUACUCUGGAAAAGUAAGAGCUUGGAGAUGAAUGAGGUUUAUUUUAUCUUCUGUAUACUUCUUUAAAGGCCGCCCUGCAUCCCUUUAUUAGCAUGACUGCAUGAGAGAUACAAAUCCAUCUUAAAGUAUGCGUAGGAGUUGCCAUUACUGCAUAGUGAGCCUAUUA